AUGUGGCUGCUUGCCUCAUACACAUACCAGAUGUACCCGCAAAGAAGCUUUGUCUUUUAUGCUUUUGGCGAGACACUCUGUGAUCUGAAGGUAGCAGCCACGCCGUCGCGACGCGUCGCGAAUGAUGUCCUUGCUUGCUCUCGUGUGAAUCAGAAAACGGUUUCCCAUAUCACCGCGAGAGAACUGGAUGCCGAGGAUGGCGCGGGCAGCGAUGCAGAUGAGUACGAGGGUGAGGACGCUAUCGAGGCACUCUUGUAUGGCGGACAGGGCCCGGUCGAGUACCACGAUGGCCUAGAUAAUGGAUGCUCGAUUGAAUGA